AUGGAGCUGGCCAGUGGCUUCUUGGUUUUGUGGCUCUGCCUGGGGGGUGGCCUGGCUCAGGGUGACACAAGCCCUGAUGCAGAGGAGUCCUAUUCAGACUGGGGCCUUCGGCACAUCCGGGGAAGCUUUGAAUCCGUCAAUAGCUACUUUGAUUCUUUUCUGGAGCUGCUGGGAGGGAAGAAUGGAGUCUGUCAAUACAGGUGCCGAUACGGAAAGGCACCAAUGCCCAGACCCGGUUACAAGCCCCAAGAGCCCAACGGCUGCAGUUCCUAUUUCCUGGGUCUCAAGGUACCAGAAAGUAUGGACUUGGGCAUUCCAGCAAUGACCAAGUGCUGCAACCAGCUGGAUGUCUGUUAUGACACUUGCGGCGCCAACAAAUAUCGCUGUGAUGCAAAAUUCCGAUGGUGUCUCCAAUCCAUCUGCUCCGACCUUAAGCGGAGUCUGGGCUUUGUCUCCAAUGUGGAAGUAGCCUGUGAUUCCCUGGUUGACACUGUGUUCAACACCGUGUGGACCUUGGGCUGCCGCCCCUUUAUGAAUAGUCAGCGGGCAGCUUGCAUCUGUGCAGAGGAGGAGAAGGAAGAGUUAUGAGGAAGAGAUGAUUCCUUCCUGGUUUUGAGUGACACCACAACUGCCAGCCUUUGAGAUGUCAGUCUUCGAGUCACCGUGAGAGAUGACUCAUUCUUUCUUCCAACAGUUUGGACACCACAAAGCGGGAGAAAGGAAACAUUUUUCUACAGCUGGAAAGUGAAUCUUUUCCUUUGAGGAAAAUUGAAAAAAAACAUGGAGUAGUUUGAAGGCUACUCUUCAUUUAAGACUGCUCUCCCCAACCAACCAAGACACGUUUGCCUGGAAAUUUAGUUCUUAGCUUAAAGACUAAAAUGCAAGCAAACCCUGCAAUUCCUGGACUUGAUAAUUAUAUUCAUGCGUGAAACUGUGGGGAGUCCAAACAUUUGGGAGGCAAUGACUUUCCUCUGGCCCAUGUUUCAGUUGCCAGUAAACAUCUCACGUUUAAUAAAGUGUACUUUUUAGAAAA